GAAUAUUGGCUUAUAAUGGAAUAUGCCGAUGGUGGAGAUUUACGUAAAUAUCUUAAGGAAAAUUUUCCAGAAUUAACUUGGAGUGAUAAAAUGAAAUUAGCUUAUCAAAUUACUGAAGGAAUAAAAUAUCUUCAUAGGGAAAGUAUUCUUCAUCGAGAUUUACACUCUGGAAAUAUAGUAAUACAUCAGAGAGAAGCUAAAAUUAUAGAUCUCGGUAUUGCAAAAAGUACGAAAACUGAAACAUAUAUUCAUUCAGGUGUAUUGGGAGUAGUUGCGUAUAUUGAUCCUAAACGCUUAGAGAAUUAUUUGUACGAAUAUAAUGAUAAAUCUGAUAUUUAUAGCUUAGGAGUUCUAAUGUGGGGAUUAUCUAGUGGUAGACCUCCUUUUGCUGAUGAAAAUAUUAGUGAUAAUCUUUUAAGAAUUGAUUUAAUAAGUGGCCGUAGGGAAUAA